AUGUGUGACGAAAAACAUGAGCAACGUAUCAAUCUCAAAUUUCUCGUUAAAUUGAAAAAAACUCCGACCGAGUGCUAUAAAUUGUUGCAAGAGGCCUAUGGAAGCAAUUCUCUAUCUCGUGCACGUGUUUUUGAGUGGUAUAAGCGCUUCAAUGAGGGCCGAGAGAGCACUGAAGAUGACCAGCGCCCAGGUCGCCCUGUCACUGUUUCAACUCCGGAAACAGUGACCAAAAUCAACCAAAUUAUGCGUGCAGAUCGUCGAAUGAGCAUCCGGAUGGUUGCCGAGGCUGUAAACGCCGAUAAAGAAAUGGUAAGAAAAAUUUUACAUGAGGAAUUACAUAUGACAAAAGUCUGUGCGAUGUUGGUGCCAAAAAACCUGACUCCUGACCAAAAGUUCUUGCGUCAACAGGUCUGCUCAGAUUUCCUUGAAAAGUUAAAAGAAGAUCCCGGACUGAUGAAAAACAUUAUAACUUGCGACGAAACAUGGAUUUUUCAAUACGAUGUUGGAACAAAGCGACAAUCGAUGCAUUGGAAGACACCUGAAUUGCCCAGAAUCAAAAAAGCAAGGAUGUCCAAAUCAAAAUUUAAGGCAANAUGA